UUGGGUUCCAGGAACCUGCCCCAGGCAACAGAUCGGCUGUGAUUUGUUCAAGGCAUUUCACCAGCGAUUGUAUUACCCAGCCUCCAGAUAUCAUGUUGGGGAAUGGAAAAAGGCUGCUGCUGGCCGCUCUCCACUUCAAUGAGAACUCCGGUCGAGGUCAACGCAUUGCUAGGAAUGGGAUUCCUUACUUCAACAGGGUGACCCCCAGGGGUAGAGAAGGACACAGCAUUGUCAUACCAGUGAAGAAGACUCCGACAUUUGGAUAUGUGCAGAUAUUUUUCACUGAAGUUCAGAAAUUGGUCACCAGUGGACAGUCCUAUGUAAUCUUGGAGGACCCACCAACAGUUUGUUCCAAGUUUGAUCGCCCUUCCAAAGAAGAGCUGAUCAAAGAUAGAAAGUCCUUCGAACGCUUUUGACUUAUUCUGUGUAUGGGACAUUUCCAAUAGUUUAGGUGGAGUACUACAAAGUACAUAUAGACAACUUGAAUGUUCAGACAUUUCCUUGUUGAUGGUAUGGCUUGUAAAACAUGAUUUUGUGUCACCUUACA